UGGAGCCUCUGUCGUACAAUUGGAUUCUGCACUGCCUACGUAUUGCAUGAUCCUGGCCGAUUAUCAUUACAUAAUACUUCAUCUGUGAAGGUGGUGUACUAUACAACUAUAUGUUGCAGCGCUGGGAAGUACAGUGUAGUCAGUUACAAUUGUUUGUCUUAAGCUGAGGAGAAGGAAUGAAUCUUCUGGUACUUCUGCCCCUCUUCUUGCAAGAGGUUUUCACACAUGAUGCUGUUGUUUCCGGACGUCUGUUUACAAGACUGACCCAUCUGGACAACGUUAGACCUGACGGGACCCCAGCUGUCAUCUACCAGUCGAGGAGUAAGCUGGUAUGUGCCAGCUUCUGUGGGAGGGAUGAAGCCUGUCUUGCUGUGAUGCACCAUGGCGGUCAGUGCUACAUCUACAGGACACCCCUAUCUCCCUCCAAUGUUUCUCUUCCCGGCGCCAGAGGUUUCAAUAAGCGAGUUCACUUCGUAUUCGUUGGCUGUUACAAGGGCAAGGCGCUGAAAGAGACGCGCAAAAGAUACUUGACUGGACUGACACCUGAAGUUUGCCAGCAAGAAUGCUACAGACUCGGUUACACCUCUGGAACUAUGCACAUCGUCAAGAAGCUUAUACCAAGAAGGCUGUGCAGGUGUGCUGAUGCCAUCACGAGUGUGAGCAAGAACGAAAGUCACUGCAACGAACCAUGUAAUGGAGACCUAAGCAAGAUAUGCGGGGGAUUCUAUUCGGCGUCCGUCUAUAAGAUGGCGAUCCUUCAUAUGCCCUAAAUAUGAUGAUUUACAUGAAGAUUAAAGACCAUGGACUAUGACACUACAAAGGGAAAGAACAUUGUACUGACUUACUGAGAAGACAUCCUUGUUGUCUGAUAUUGUUGAGGUCCCACUGCUCGCACUGGCGUUUUAACCAAUAAACAAUGCUGAUUUCUGAAUAAAG